ACUACAUGAUCCUUGAGGUCCCUUCCAACCCGGGUCAUUCUGUGAUCUGUGUGAUUCUGUGAGGUGCCUCCUGUGUGUGGCACUUUGGAUGGAAAAGCAGACGCGGAGCUGUACCGCCCUGCCCGGCCCUGUGCAGCUCUGUGGUGAAAACGAGAGCUUUUAAUUCAUCUGGAGCUUGAGGAACAGGAGCGGUUCUGAGGACAGCUGGGCAUUGAGCUGCAUGUUGGCGCAGCACAGUGAGCACAGUGUCCACCUCAAGCAGAUCUUUGGAAAGCACCAAGGACAGAAGGUGACACAGGCAAUGUAUCCUCCAGUAUGAGGCACUGAGUUACUGCCAUUUUGAACACACGUCCUGUCAAGACUGAAUCUUGUGUGGAACAAGUUCCUUUGUAGUCACAAAUAGAGCCAGAGAACGAAGGAGAAGCAAGUGGCAAAGUCUCAAGAAAACCAGGCAAUGGAAGAGAAGGAACCUGCUUGCAUUUAAGUUCCUGUUCUUACACUCUGCUAGGAGCCCGAAAGUUAGAGUUUGCAGUCUACAAUCAGUAGAACAAGUGACUUCUGGAAACGAAGAACACGAUGAUACCAACAUUAUGUCCUUCAGGACCAUGAAAUAUGUCUUCUUAACUGGGGGAGCUCAGCUGCAGCUCCAGCAGAGAGCAACCAUGUGGAUUCUCAGCUUUCCCGCCUGAAUAACGAGGCUGCUGUCAGGAGAGCUGCGGAGCAGUGGGAAGGACUCACAGAGCUGUUGCAUGGAGCUGUCGCUGUUGGGCUGAUGAAGACGGGAACCCUCUAAAGAAAAGCACCUGGAAAGUCCCGAUAGGUAGAAGUGAAGUUUUGUUCACGUGCCAUGGCUCACUUCUGCCAGCCCUGAAAGUGUUGUAAAGGGUGCAACAAACCCACAGGUGACCGAUGGAAAAGUCAGGAGACGCACAGAGUUGCCAGAGCAAGAGUGAGGAGGACAUCCCAAAGAGUUCCCCAUUUGACUUUGUUAUAAAACAGUUCCAAGGGAAGAAGUCUCCUGGAAAAAGAAAAGAGCAGCCUUCAGCCAUCCAGAAGUUCUUCAGUGGCUUUGGGAAAUCAGAAGGCAAGGAAAGACAAGAAACUGAGGAAACAGAAAUAAACAACUGUAAAGCUGAUGAUCAGAGCGAGAAGGAAGAUCUCACAGUAGAAGAUGAAUCUUCACAGCUGAUUUCUGAAGCGGAAUCACCAUCUGGUGAGCAGAGAUUCAACCAGUUCAUGCAGAAACUGGGAAAGGAACCCAACAGCAAGAACCUGGAUCUCAAUAAUUGUGCGUUAAGUGCAGCAGAUGUAGCAGAGCUGGCUUCUUUACUGCCAUUUCUCCCAGAGCUGGAAGAGAUCAGCCUGUCCUGGAAUGGUUGUGUUGGAGGGACUUUGAGAACUCUCACCACUCAGCUCCAUCAUGUGAACCUGCUAAAAGUCCUUCGACUUAACAACUGCAGGCUGUCAGCUGAGGAUGUCACCUCCUUGGGAGAGGCAUUUGAAAUUGUUCCUCAACUUGAAGAACUGGAUUUAUCAUGGAACAGUAAUAUAGGUGGAAAACUAUCACUUCUGACAAAAAAACUUCGGAAAGGAUGCAAGAUUAAACUUCUGAAAAUGACGGAUUGUAACCUGACAGCCAAAGAUGGAGAAUCCCUUGCUGAAACUCUAACUGUGCUCCCAAACCUUGAAGUAUUGGAUCUCUCCAUCAACAAGCACAUUGGCUGCAGCAUGAAGGUCAUUGCUCAGGACCUGAAAAAUGUACCAGGCCUCAAGGAGUUGAACUUACACAUGUGUGGAUUAAAGCAGGACGGCCUCCAGAGCUUAGACACCGCUUUACAGCACCUUACAGCACUAAGAAAAUUAGACAUAUCGUGCAACAAAGAGAUUGGUGGUGGCUUUAAGGAUGCAACAGCUCAUUUGGCCAGCCUGAAAAAUCUCCAAGUCCUUGACCUCCACCAGUGCUGUGUAACAGAAGAAGACAUGGCCGCUUUGUCCCAGGUGAUACCUUUACUCUCCAGUCUUCAAGAGCUGAAUUUAUCCUGGAAUAAAAACAUAGGAGUCUCAUCUGAUCCUCUUCUCGGCAGACUCAGAUUUUUACCAAAGCUGAAAUCUGUGGCCAUCAGCAAUUGUGGUUUAGGCGAGGAUUCCUUUUCAUCUCUAGCUGAGGCUGCCCUUCACCUUCCUGAACUGGAGAUAUUAGACCUUUCUUGGAAUAAGUGCGUUGGUGGAAACCUAAAGCUGCUUUUGGGAGCACUAAAGCUUGCAACGGAGAUUCGAGUGUUAAGACUGAGCAGCUGUAACUUGGUGGCUGAAGAUUUGGCGCUUCUAACGCUACUUUCACGUGAUAGCCACCUAACCAGGUUACGGAAGCUGGAUUUGAGUUAUAAUAACAACGUCUCAGAUGAAGGGUGGAUGUUUUUCUGUCAAGGCUUAGCACUGUUCAAAGAACUCUCAGAGCUGGAUGUCAGCCUUCGCCCUUCAUCCUGCCGUGCCUGUGGGACGUGGUUCAGUGAGUUGUUAGCAGCACUGACAAAGCUGCCUGCGUUGGCAGAGGUGGGGAUGCAAAGAUGGGUCCUUUCAGAAUCUCAGCAUAAACAGCUGGAAGGCUUUAAUCAAGACAACAAAAGAAACGUUCGUUUUGACUGUUGAUGGAGGUUGAAGGUUUCUGGAAAGCCUUUCACAAGCAACAUAUGAACUGAGUACUGCGUGUCUCACAUUUAGAAAACUGCACAGUUUCUAGUUAUCUUGUGAGGGAACAUGAAAUAGUUAAAGAUUUUAUAUUAAAACAGUUAUUUAACUUC